AUCCUUGUUGCAGAAAUUUCAGGGGAGGUCAUGUGGAGUUGUCUGAAAAACGAAGGAGCUAACUGUUAUUUACAGUUGCCUCUCCAAGAAACGAAGACACUUCUCCUUCGCAGUUCGCACUCGCACAGGAAGGAGAGAGAGUGAGAGAGAGGAUGCGGCGAGUCUGAGCCAUCUGUCGAUCCUCAUAUGAGCUCAAUUUACGAAGACAACAAUGAAGCAGCUGCGAGGAGUAGGCUCAGUGUAAUGGAGUACAUGCAUUUACUAUCUUUCUACCUCUAUUUCUUCUCUCAAUAGGAGGAGGAAUACGAGGGUACAAGAGGGGACAUUUCUCCUUCUGAAUUGCAGCAUGGAGAAGAGGAUCAGAACCUCCCAACUUUACUCUCUACUGAUUUUCAGCUUCUGUUUCACCAGUCUCGUUAGGGCACAAAGCACAGCACUUUGCCCUACUAGUUGGGAGAUCAGCUCAAAUAAGUCACUUUGCCCUGAUGAUUGGGUAAUCAGUCCAAAUAAGAGCAAGUGUUUUGGGCUGAUAGAAAACUCCAGUUAUUGGGAUGAAUCAGAGUCUCGAUGUAGGGAUUAUAAUGGGCACUUGGCAGCACUGACAUCAGCCAAGGAACUAAAUUUUGCUGGAAAACUCUGCAGUAAUACAGCAAAAGGCUGCUGGGUUGGAGGAAGAGGCUUCAGUUCUACAGGUGGUUUUAGUUGGAAGUGGUCUGACAAUGCAACACAUUGGAAUGAGUCCAUCUUCCCUGGGGCACCAUUUCGCUCCAAUUGCUCCAAUUCAUCAUGUGAAGGCAUUAAUCUGAUCAAUACCUGUACWUUGGUGACUAAUGGCCAGCCAACCCUUGUGGGUGAGAGAUGCAACAACUCUCAUGAGUUCAUCUGUAUGCUUGAUAUAGAGAACAAAUGCUACCACCUGCGCCGCCACAAGGAGUAUCUUAUCAUCCUUGCAACUGUUAGUGGGCUGAUCCUUUGCACAACUUUGGCUAUUGUAAUUUGGUUGCUUGCAUACAGGAGGAGCAAGAGGCGCAGAAGGUCUCGCAAAGCAUCUAAUCCAUCUACAUCUGCAUCAGUUACCCCAUCAUGGAAAGUCUUCAGCAAUGAGGAACUGAGGUCAAUUACAAAGAAUUUCAGUGAGGGUAACCGUCUUGUUGGAGAUGCCAAGACUGGUGGCACAUAUAGUGGGCUUUUACCUGAUGGAACAAGGAUAGCAGUCAAGAGAUUGAAAAGGUCUAGCUUUCAAAGAAAGAAGGAAUUUUAUUCAGAGAUUGGAAGAGUUGCAAAGCUCCAUCAUCCUAAUCUGGUGGCGGUGAAAGGAUGUUGCUAUGAUCAUGGUGACCGUUAUAUUGUUUAUGAGUUUGUUGCUAAUGGGCCCCUAGAUAGAUGGCUACACCACAUACCUAGGGGUGGGAGAAGCUUGGAUUGGGCAAUGAGAAUGAGAAUCGCCAUAACUCUUGCACAGGGAAUUGCAUUCCUACAUGACAAGGUGAAGCCACAUGUGGUGCACCGGGAUAUUCAUGCUAGCAAUGUACUACUUGAUGAAGAGUUCAGAGCACAUCUGAUGGGGGUAGGUCUAUCAAAAUUUGUCCCAUGGGAAGUGAUGCAUGAAAGGACAGUGAUGGCAGGCACAUAUGGGUACCUGGCUCCAGAAUUUGUCUACAGAAAUGAGCUCACUACAAAAAGUGAUGUUUAUAGCUUUGGAGUGUUGUUGCUUGAACUUGCUAGUGGGCGUAGACCUGCCCAGGCAGUGGAUUCAGUGGGUUGGCAGACUAUAUUUGAGUGGGCCACACCUCUAGUGCAGUCACACAGGUACAUAGAGCUGCUGGAUCCAGUUAUCUCUGAUAUCCCUGAAGUUGGAGUCAUACAAAAGGUUGUGGACCUUGUAUAUGCUUGCACACAACAUGUCCCAUCAAUGCGGCCAAGGAUGUCGCAUGUUGUUCAUCAAUUGCAACAAUUGGGAUUGAAAACCAGUUCUGAGAAGGCAAGAAGUGGUACAAGCACAAGUACUGCCUCUCGACUUGCUCCAUUUGAAAUGGAGGUCAACAAUGUGUAAGAGGAAAAUACCUAUAUUUACCUUCAAUUCAGCAAUUCAUUCCAAUAUUUACUGACCCGAACUAUUUAAUAGGAUUUAAAUAACCCACGAGUAGUUCAUCAUUCUGGAGCA